AUGUCUGUCAUAGACUCCCCAUCAGACUACUCCGAUGAUGGCUUCGUCGUUCCUGACACCCCGGAGCCCCAGGAGUCUUCAUCCCGUCCCACUAAGCGACAGCGCCUGGAACCUCCGACGCGCGGGGAAGAUCGCGCUGGCGAUCAUGACUCCGCAUCUCUGGCUGACUCGUUCUCGGACUGGGACGAGGAAGUGAGAGAUCACCGCGACUCAUCUGCAGAGUAUGAACGCCAAGCGCGUUCAAAGUCACGGAGCUUUGUUCCCAAACACAGCAAUUUUCAAGAGAAUAUGUUUGUCACGCAACUCACCCAACCCGACUCUAGUCCCGAGCGAAUACGCGGGCCCCGAUGGAAGAAACCCGAUCCCACUCCAGUACGACUGUCCCCAGAUAUGAUUUCUACACCUCCACUGAAUCGACCAGACCGGCAGGUGGAAGAUAACUAUUAUGACGACGAUGAAGAGGAAUUGAGGGCCGCAUUGGAGGCGUCAUUGGAUGCAUUCGAGGAAGAGAAAACGAUGCGACGAAUCAUGGAUCCAACAAUUCCGACAAAUUCUACGUCUAAUCUUUUGCCUGUACAGCGGAACCAAAACGCGGCUCCACAGGAUGCUUCAUUUGAGUUGGAUAAUAUCCCGGACGAUGCUUUUGUAUCCUCGCCGUGCUUGUCGCCGGUGUCCCGGCCAGUAAACACCGUGCAUAUCAAAUCAAGCUUCAGCCGUCCUCAGCAAAGGCCUCAAAACACUCGCCAAACUACCCUUUACGGUCUGAUUGCGCAGAAUCAGGAAGCGACUCCGACACGAGAACAAGAUUGGGCACCAUCGGAGAGAACCGAACCUCCAACCCAGCACAAAUUGAAUCAGGAUACGCUCCAUACGUGGUGGUACCCGACAAACCUGGGCACCAUCCGAGAUUACCAGUUCAAUAUUGCCCAGAAAGGUCUUUUCCACAACCUUCUCGUCGCCUUACCCACCGGCUUGGGAAAGACAUUUAUCGCAGCAACGAUCAUGUUGAAUUGGUUUCGGUGGACGAAAGAUGCACAGAUAAUUUUUGUAGCCCCGACCAAGCCUUUGGUUUCUCAACAAGUGUCGGCCUGUCUGGAUAUUGCCGGAAUCCCGCGCUCCCAGACGACGAUGCUCACGGGAGGCGCAGCACCAGGAAUCCGGGCGGAGGAGUGGCAGGCGAAACGGGUGUUUUUCAUGACACCACAGACGUUAAUCAAUGACCUGAAGACUGGCAUCGCAGACCCUAAACGAAUUGUCCUUUUGGUUGUGGAUGAGGCUCACCGUGCGACUGGGGGCUACGCCUAUGUGGAAGUGGUCAAAUUUUUGCGUCGUUACAACAAGAGUUUCCGUGUACUGGCUCUGACAGCCACUCCCGGGUCUACAGUGGAAUCUGUACAAGCAGUCAUCGAUGGACUGGACAUUUCACGUGUGGAGAUUCGAACCGAGAACUCCAUCGAUAUUCGAGACUAUGUACAUGCUCGCAACAUUGAGAUCGAAACAUUUGAAAACUCCGACGAGAUGACGUUCUGCAUGGAGCUCUUGUCGACGACCUUGCGGCCGUUAGUUGACCAACUUCGGACUAUGAAUGCGUACUGGGGAAGAGAUCCUAUGGGUCUCACAGCGUUUGGCCUCACUAAAGCCCGGCAGCAGUGGAUGGGGUCUGAUGCCGGUCGAAAUGCCAAUUUCGGACUUAAGGGCAAGGUGAAUGCUAUCUUCACCGUCCUUGCUAGUUUGGCCCAUGCCAUCGACCUACUCAAAUACCAUGGCAUCGUACCAUUUUAUCGACACAUACUGCAUUUCAAGUCGAAUACUGACGGGCAAAAAGGAGGGAAAUGGCAGAAACAGGUCGUGCAAGAUGAAAGUUUCAAGAAACUUGUCAGUCAUUUGGAGCCAUGGACCAAGAACCCGGAGUUUAUCGGGCACCCCAAACUGGAGUACCUCAAAUCGGUCAUUUUGAAUCACUUCAUGGAUGCUGGCGAAGGAAAGGAAAAUCUUAAUGGGAUUAGCCAACCAGCGACACGUGUCAUGAUUUUCGUUCAUUUCCGUGACAGUGCCGAAGAGGUCGUAAGAGUCUUACAGCGAUAUGCACCCAUGAUUCGACCGCAUGUGUUUGUGGGCCAGAGCAGUGCUAAAGGAUCGGAGGGGAUGGACCAGAAGACCCAACUUCAAAUCAUUGAAAAGUUUAAGGGCGGGACAUACAACACCAUUGUUGCAACGUCAAUUGGCGAGGAAGGUUUGGAUAUUGGCGAGGUCGAUCUCAUUGUCUGUUAUGAUUCCUCCGCAUCGCCAAUCCGAAUGCUCCAGCGAAUGGGUCGAACAGGCCGUAAGAGGGCAGGAAACAUCACCUUGUUGCUGAUGAAGGGCAAAGAGGAAGAUUCCUAUGUCAAGGCUAAGGACAAUUAUGAGAAGAUGCAGCAGAUGAUUGCGAGUGGUUCUCGAUUUACGUUCCAUGAAGAUCGAUCCGCUCGCAUUCUCCCAGCAGGCAUACGCCCAACGCCGGACAAACGACAAAUCGACAUCCCUCCGGAAAAUUCUCAACAAGAGUUACCGGAGCCAAAACGCAGAGGUCGAGCACCAAAACGACCCCCGAAGAAAUUUCACAUGCCGGAUGACGUUGAGACAGGCUUCACCCGAGCGUCGACCCUCGAGGAAAGUUUUGGGAAGGCCAAGAAGAAGGCCACUCCGAUAAAGCGACCCCGAACGCCUACACCUGAACCCGUGGAUGUGCCUCUACUGAAGGACGUUUUCCUGACUGAAAAAGAGCAACGACAUCUGGAACAUCACUAUCAAAAUAUUGGGGAUACCUCGCCACAGUUCAUUCGUUACCCGCGCAACGAUGCCUUUCCUGAAUUACAACUUGUGGAACGACCUACUAAACUUGUCAAGCAUGGGUCCCUCACACGUCGAAUGAUUGCGGCCUUGCAGAAGAUGAGUCAGGCUGGCCCUGACUGUGAGGAUCGUUUCAAGGAGAUCCUUGCUUGUGAGGCCGCGAAACUUGCAAAAUCAAACCGUCGACCGUCUGAAGAUGACCUCGCAGUAGACCGACCACGUAAUCAUACGGGUGUCAAUUCACGGAGGGGCAUCAAAACCCCCCACCGUCUAUCUGAAAAAUCGCAGGUGGACCUCGGACACGAUGACAUGGCAUUCCUGUCCCCCUACCCUUCCGAGCCUGAACCGCAGCCAAAGCAACAACCGCCGUCAUCUCUUGAGCGUGACCUUGAUGAUAAUGACUCCGACUUCGAAUUUCCUGAUGCUAGCUUUCUGUUUGAACCAAAGGCCAAGUCCCGCAAACAAGGUCGGAUUAUCUUGGACAGUGACGAGUGA